AUGCCAGUAUUUAGGCGCAGCGGUGGGGAUGUUACGCCGGCCCGGCCCCGGGAUUGGGCAGAGGGACCCCUAAAACCCCACCCGAGACCCCCGGGGCGAGUCCCCCGGGGUGACCUGUCCCCCAGUGUUAGAACCCCUGGCCUGGGUGAGCACGCCUGUCCCCCAGUGUUAGAACCCCUGGGUGAGCACGCCUGUCCCCCAGUGUUAGAACCCCUGGGUGAGCACGCCUGUCCCCCAGUUGUUAGAACCCCUGGCCUGGGUGAGCACGCCUGUCCCCCAGUGUUAGAACCCCUGGGUAAGCACGCCAUCAAUGAUAUUGAGCCUCUAACUCCCCCCACCCCUGAUAUUUCAAGCUCCCCCACCCCUGAUACCCCGAGCUCCCCCACCCCUGAUACCCCGAGCUCCCCCACCCCUGAUACCCCGAGCUCCCCCACCCCUGAUACCCCGAGCUCCCCCACCCCUGAUACCCCGAGCUCCCCCACCCAUGAUACCCCGAGCUACCCUCACCUCUGA